AUGCCUCCAACGAUUGAGAAGGUUAGCUCCAUGCUGGGAAUCCGUCUCGACAGUAAUGUCACCAGCUUUCUGCCUGGUAGCACUGUGACGGGGUGCGUCUAUCGUCAGGCUCACAUCGUCUCCGCUGAAGCGAUUGUCAAGGUUACAACACUCGGGCGGGCAAAGACAAAGGUCGUCGCCGCACCGAGUAUCCGUGGGGUGGCCACUGUGUAUCGCGGAAGGUCCACACUCGUUGACGAAAAAGAUCAUGUCCAAACGCUAUUCCAGGGACCUCUGCACAUCCCCCCUAUCGCUUCGACGGAUGGGAUUGGGCACCAGUGGCCUUUUUCUCUUAUCAUCCCUCUCCGAACUACAGCCAUAAGUGGAUCUAACGAGCAAGGCGAGGCAGACCAACCGCCUGAACGUACCGAUCAGCAGUCUCUCCCAGCUUCUUUCACGAUGAACCGAGCAGGGUUUGGUGCUCGGGACGAAGGGUUUAUUGAAUACACCAUCAAAGCUGAACUGCAGUCGAAACGACAGGGAGCUUCUGAGACGGUCUACGCCACUUUACCAAUAAUAAUUCAGAAUAACCAUCCUGGGCCUCCUGUCACAAACUUCCAACUUACAAGGUAUCGUUUGUACGGUUGGAUAUCUUCGUAUUCGCUUCUUCCGGGCAUUAGCGCAGCAAGAUCAACCAUUUCUCAUAAAGCCAAGCUACUUUUCAGUUCCUCCAAGAUGCCUGUCUUCGCUGGUCACUUAGAAGUCGACACACCGGCCGUCAUUCAGUUGGAAAACCCAAACCCGAUGCCGAUCCGCUUGCAAUUUGUACCAGACCCAAAGGUCAUGAAGGACAGCCCAAUCGAUGGUAUACCCCAGAAGAUGCAACUCCAGGCGCUCACCAUGGAGAUUCAAACAGCGACUGAGAUCAAGUGCGGUGGCGUCGAGAGUUCGUGGGCGGCGAUCAGUCCGAAAACGAUACGCGUCUCGGUCUGGUCCUGCCUGGCUUUUGGGCCCGGCACACGGCCACUUUACAUUCCGUGCGCCGGCGACGGACCCCCUAUUGAUGUGGGCCGGAAGGUCAACCUACGUAUCGGCCGUACAGGCUUGAUGGGCAAGGCGUAUCCUCAGGGCGAUGUCCAUGCAUCAUUCUCCACACGUCACAUCAAAUAUUCCCACCGCAUCAGCUAUGAGCUCAGAGCUGUAGUUGCUGGCGAAGUGCUCAAGUUCAAGUGGGACAGCGAGGCGACAGUCCUUCCUCCGGCCAACGAUGUGCCACCUGGAGACCCAGAUUGGCUACAGACACCUGAAGGGACGCCGUAUGAAACAGACGUGGACGAAACGCCCCCUCCUGCUUUCCAGGACGCAUGGCUUCGUCCAAGGCAACAUAAUACUGUGCCCUCCGUGUCUGGAUAG